GAAAGCAAAUAUUUGUAAGGUGGGAGUGGGGGAAGAGAGCGAUUCCUCGGGAAGAGGCGUUGCUGCUGCUGCUUGUCGCUGGCCCCGGCUCGGGGUCCACUUGUGCCCCCCGGGGAGACAGGCUUGAACCGAGGGAGGAUGGCUGCCCUGCCCUGGACUCGGCUGCUGCUUCUCGGCCUGGCUGCGCUGCCGGCCCUUUUCUCAUGUACCUUGAAUCUGGUGACCGCUGCUGAGGAUGAAGCCGUCGUAGAGGAAAACGGGCAGGCUGAGACAGAGUCAUUCCUGGAGAACCUUGCUGUGCCAGUGCCUGAGAUCCAGGAGGGGCCCUCCAGUGUCCCAUCACUACCCUCCAGUUCCCCUGCCCCUGAAGACGGCGUGCCUGAUGUACAGGAAGAGGCACAAAACCCCUCCACGGGGCAGGAGGAGGAGGAGGAAGCUGAAAGAGGCUGUGAGGAGGGUUUCCCCCUAGAGAAGAUGCACGUGAUCGCCGAGGCCAUGCUCAAGUUCACGGCGGAUCUCGUGCGAGAAGUGGAGUUGGAGAAGGGCCAAGACAACCUUUUUCUCUCCCCGCUCAGUGUCACGCUAGCGCUGGCUCACUUGGCUCUCGGAGCUGCCAAUCAGACUGAGAAGGCCCUGCUUGAGGCACUGCACCUGGCAGAGGUGCCCUGCCUCCACCAGGCUCUGCACCAGGUUUAUCAGCAGCUGGACCAGGCAAUGGUCAGUGUCGCUUCCCGUCUUUACCUGCAGAAAGGAUUUGAGGUUAAAGAGACCUUCCUGAAGGACUCAGAAAAGUUCUACAAAGCAAAGCCAGUCACGCUGUCUGGGAAAGGGGAGGAAGACCUCGCGGCCAUCAACAGCUGGGUGAAAGAAGCCACCAGGGGACACAUCCCCCAGAUCCUGUCUGAGCUGCCUGGCAACAUCGCAAUGAUCCUGCUCAACGCUGUGCACUUCCAAGGGUUUUGGAGAACCAAAUUUGAUCCCGAACUGACUGCGCCUGGCGUGUUUCACCUGGACGAUGAGUUUGUGGUCCCUGUGGAGAUGAUGAAGGCUCCAACAUACUCCCUGAGCUGGUAUUCUCUGGAUUCCCUGGACGUUCAGGUUGCCAGGUUCCCCUUUAAGGGCAACACGAGCCUCAUGGUUAUUGUGCCAAGCCACACUGAAAGGAACAUCUCCCAGCUGCUGUCUGAACUCAGGCCGGCCAGCCUCCUCAGCCAUUUCCCCCAGGAGAGGCCAACGAUAGUGAGGAUGCCCAAGGUGCACCUGGAGUGCCAUCUGGAGUUGAAUCAAGCCUUCAGCCAAUUAGGCCUUGGGGAGCUGUUUUCUUCCCCUGACUUCCAUCACAUUGCAGAGGGACCCCUCUUUGUCUCCAAUAUCGAGCACCGCUCUGCCCUAGAGCUUUCAGAGGCCGGGGUGGAGGCCUCGGCAGCAACCAGCGUGGUGAUGUCUCGCUCGCUCUCUGCUUUCGUCAUCAACCAUCCUUUCGUCUUUUUCAUCUGGGAGGACACGACGGGCAUCCCCCUCUUCUUCGGCAGCAUCCGGAACCCCAACCCCGGGGCCCCCAAGCAGAGGAAAGAAGAGAAGGAUCUACUUGACAAACGGCAUUUGGCUGCUCACAACGCAAUUCCUAAAUAAGGGAGAAUCAACAUGGAAGGUGGCUUUGGCCUCUCUAACUACCUCUCUUCCCCACCCCCAGCUGGUCUAUGGGAGCUGCCUGGUAACUUUUCCUAUGGGAGCUGCCUAUAAAUGGUUACCUCCUCUCCCAGACUUCCCCACACUGUCCCCAAGAUUUUUCAAAUUUCAAUCCUCGCCUACUUCUCGGCUCUUUGCUCCAGUGCCGUCCCUGGAGUCUGAAUCCCAGUUAGGAGUUCAUUCAGGGUCUCUGCUGUUCUGACUCCUCCCCCCAAUAAAAAGGUGCUGGGAUAGUGGAGAGACUUAACGCUUACUCUGCCACGUCUCUUCUCCAGAACUAGGCUUGCAUCUGGAAGCCCCUGCUGUGUCCAAUGUUCCCUCUCAGCUGAGGAGUCUUAUAAGCAAAGAUUCUGCUUCGUGAGCGACUGGCAUUAAAGUUGGGAGCUGCUCAGAGUUGCCAAUCCCCAGGUGGGGGCAGGGGAUCCCCUUGUUUGGAGGCCCUCCCCCCGCUUCAGGGUUAUCAGGAGGGAAAUGUCUGCUGGGCAUUCCAUUAUUCCCUAUGGAGAACAAUUCCCCAUAGGGUAUAAUGGAGAAUUGAUCCAUGGUUAACUGGGGCUCCAGGAGGGCUGUUUUUUGAGGUAGAAGCACCAAAGUUUCAGCAUAGCAUCCAAUGCCUCUCCUCAAAACACCCCCCAAGUUUCAAAAGGAUUGGACCAGGGGGUCCAAUUCUAUGAGCACCAAAAGCAGGUGCCCCUAUCCUUCAUUAUUUCCAGUGGAGGGAAGGCAUUCAAAAGGUGUGCAGUCCCUUUAAAUGUGAGGGCCAGAACUCCCUUUGGAGUUCAAAUUAUGCUUGUCACAACUUUGCUCUUGGCUCCACCCCCAAAGUCCCCAGAUAUUUCUUGAAUUGGACUUGGCAACCCUAAAGCUGCUGCAUAAAUGAGUUUGCUCUGUGGCCAUUUUUCCUGAGAUAAGACAAAAAUGUGUGAGCCAGGGGCUAAAAAACUGAGCUAGCUCACACUGCUGCAGGUUAGAGGGAACACUGGCUGUGACACACAUUUUUGUGUUCUCAUGGACAGCAAUUAGAAACCAGCCCCAGCAAGCAGGUGGGGCUGAGAGGGGAGGGCCAACAUUUGGGGCAAUCCCCUCUACAGCAGAGAGGUGGAAACUCCUGAGGGUUCUGCUGAGUCCCAACAGAUUCUGCAUUAUUUGGAGGAAAUAAUAGUGGGGGGGGGGGGAGGGGGAAUCCCAGAUAUUUGUAUCUCAGCAAAUGGCUUCUAAUGGAAAAAGUCACCAAAUGAAAAGGUGGGAGUGAGUCAAAAUGUGUAUGUGUGAAUUAGUGCUAUAAGAGUGAACAAGUGGCCCCCAUCUCCUCUUCCUCCCCACCUUUCCCCAUUUGCACUUGGGUAUUGUGAUGGAUUUGAAUUGUAAACUGCUUUAAUGCACCGAUCUGGCUGAAAAACAGUACAAAUACCGAAACGAAAUGAAAUAAGCAGUG